AUGCGGCGCUACGAUGAAGACGAGCAGGAGCAGGAGCAAGAGGACGGCGAUGAGGACAAUGAGGGCCUGGAUGACGGCGAUGAUGCCGAUACUGGCGCAAGCCAGGGCCCAGCCAAGAUCCGCCAGCGAGUGCUUAUCCUCUCCUCGCGCGGCAUCACCCACAGAUUCCGGCACCUGAUGAAUGACUUGAAUGUGCUGAUGCCGCACUCAAAGAAAGACAGCAAGUUUGACUCAAAGUCCAACCUGGAUGAGCUGAACGAACUCGCCGAACUCGCCAACUGCAACAACUGCAUAUUCUUCGAGGUCCGCAAACACACCGAUCUGUACAUGUGGAUGUCCAAGACCCCCAACGGACCGAGUGUCAAGUUCAACGUCCAGAACGUCCACACCAUGGACGAGCUCCGCAUGACCGGCAACUGCCUCAAGGGCUCGCGGCCGAUCCUGUCCUUUGACAGCAACUUUGACAGUGCGCCGCACUUCCAGCUGCUAAAGGAGAUGUUCACCCAAAUCUUUGGAACGCCAAAGUCUUCGCGGAAGAUCAAGCCAUUCAUCGACCAUGUCCUGAGCUUCUCCAUUGCCGACAACCGAAUCUGGUUCCGAAACUUCCAGGUCGUCGAGAAGGAGGCUGUCAAAGGCAAGGGCAAGGACAAGGAAAUCACCCUCGCCGAGAUCGGCCCCCGUUUCAGCUUGAGUAUCAUGCGAAUCUUUGAUCGCAGCUUUGGAGGAGCAACCCUCUACGAAAACCCGCACUUUGUCUCGCCCAACCAUGUCCGUCGCCUGGAGAGAAUCGACAAGUCGAUCGAGUACAAGGCACGAGCAAUGGCCAGCGAAGCCCUGGCCGAAAAGAAGCAAAAGACAAAAAUGCCCGAGGAUCCGUUCAAAGAUGUUUUCGCAUAG